UGCGGAGCACAACCCCCACACUCUGAGGCAGAAAGAGCAAGACUGAGGCGGAAGAAAAGGAGGCGUGACGGCAGUAUGACAUUUUAAGGAAUGCUGCUACCAGUCAAAGGGACAGAAAACUUUUAAAAGUGCCUUUCUUUUUGGAACUGUUUAUUUCUUUAUUCCAUGAGUGCUGCAAGUUUGCUCAGGUCUUUCAGUCCAUCAGCAAUGCCUGGUCCAGUAAUGCCUAUGGACAUGGCUAUGAGAUUCUACAUCAGCCACUCUCCGCCUCCUCUCCGAGGUUUCCUCAGCUCCUACGAGGAGCUUCAGAGGACCAAGAACCGGGUCAACCAGCAGCACUACAAACCAUUGCGGCCAUGUCUCAGCAACCUGCAGAAAGCUGAGGAUGAUGGCAGCUGCGUGGGCUGGAACAACAGCAAGGCCGGCAAGAAGAAGGUGGUUUUCGCAGACACGAAGGGCAUGUCACUCACUGCCAUCCAUGUCUUCUCCAAGUUCGACGAUGAGCCAUAUCAAAACAAGAGUUGUAGGGGAAUCAGCGAGGAGCUGCAAUUUGACAUGGCAGACCUGGAAACAGCCACAAUGGAUCUUAAGAUCAGCUUAAUGCGCAACCUGGCACUGGACUUUAAACAGCCCUCAGCCGACUACUUGGAUUUCCGAAACCGCCUGAUUCAGAACUCAGUCUGUUUGGAGAACUGCUCGCUGCAGGAGCGCUCGUUGACCGGCACCAUCAAGGUCCGGAACAAGGGGUUUGAGAAGUCGGUGCAGUUGCGCGCCACAUUCGACUCGUGGGUCAGCUUCACUGACGUUGAAUGCACCUUCAUGAACAACAUCUACAGCUGCCAGGAUACUGACACCUUUGCAUUUGUCCUGGAGCUGCCUCUCCACAUCCCACUACAGAAUCGCGUCGAGUUCUGCAUCAGUUUCAAAUCCCAGGGUCAGACCUUCUGGGACAAUAACGACGGCAAGAACUACGUUCUCAAGCAUGGUAGCUGUAACGGAGAGGACUUGAACACUCACAUGCCCCCAACUUCUGUUGAGCAGAGGAAGGCAUCAGAGCACAAACACGGGGGUGUGAAGGUACUGGAGAUGGAAUUUGAUCAGUUUGGUAGCCCACGGAUGUCCAGCGGACUCUUUCCUGGCUGGCAGAGCUGGGGCCAGAUUGGUAACGCCGUGCCUUAUUGGUGAAAACGUCAGAAUGUUUGAUGAAAUGUCAUUGGAAACCAGCUGUGCAUAGACUGGUUCUCAGCCAGGACUAAGCUGAAGCAAACAACCUCUGCUUUUUUUAGCAGCGGAAGUGUACAAACCAGUCAGAAACCUGUAAUGUACUUAACUGACCUGCUUCCUGUUGUAACAUGAUCAUUAGGCCCGAGAGACCUAAUGAAAUGUGGUUGGAGGACAAAAAAAUGGGAAAAGAAUUAUCAUUUUUCACAUACUGCUCUUUUGUAAAAUAUUAAUGUGCCUUCUCAGAGUGCCUGCCCACUAAAAUACAGACAAUUUGUACAGCCCACUACAAAUGUUGAGCCCCUUCUGAGGGCCUGAUGUAAUGGUUAAAUAUGCACUGAUUGCGAUGUCCCUCUCAAUGUGAUGUCUGAAACUGAAGAUGUGGAAAUGGAGCUGAUUAAGUCCUUCAUAUUGAAGGGAAAGUACGGAGUGCAUGGCAAUACAAUGCUUCUCUAAAUAAACACAAUUGAUUCAUUUCUAAUGAAAAAUGGACACUAAACCUUUUCACUUUCAAACGAAGGAAUAAUAAAAUAUGAUUCAGAAGGCCUUCAUUUUUAAAUGUUGAGUCAUGCAACCCUUUCUUUCCCUCUAUGUAAAUAGUACUUGUCUGAUGAAAAAUGUUUGGAAGAUGUAAGUUUGAGGUUUCUGGUGGAACUGAGUUGCUAUCAACAGAUGUGUCAGAAGAGAGACUGCACGUGAUUGGUUGUCUCGAACAAGGAAGACGUUUGGAAAUUUUGGUGGUUCAAGUAUGUCAAGAAAAGAGAUGAUUGAAGAAGAUUGUAUCUAUUUGCCUGUUUUAAGAAGUGCAAUUCUGUGAUGAGUGUACAGUAUGUGUGGUUGGAAGUAGGAUAUCUAUUUUUACUCAACAUGAAGAAAAGUCUUCGCCCCAGCAUUUUGUUUCACUUGAAGGUGUGUGUGAUGUAUUUCCCUUGCAGAAAUAAAUUUUUAUAUUUAAAAAUAAUUCAUGACUUCGACCCUUUUGUUAUGAAUGUUUUGGAAGUUUUUGCUCAGUAUGAUGAUCAAGACAAAACUUCCAGGUGUUUUAAUGGAAGUGCUUAAUGUGUAAUAACGUUUAUUAUACACAUGUAAUAAUGAUU